AUGGCCUAUAUUCUUCGCUAUAAGCAUAAUAUUUUAUUGCCCCGCAAAAAAUAUGAGGGUAACCUUACUUUGGUAGAACUCCACAAUGCAUUAAUGCUUUUGGUUAGACAUGUUCAGUCGCAAACCUUUUCCUCGGAUAUAAUGUUAAUUCAAGGAAAUAAAAUACCUUCGAAAGCGUUUAGAAAAUUGAAUGUUUUCCUAGAUAGUGCUGGGAUACUACGUGUCGGUAGUAGAUUAAAACAUUCUUUAAGUUUUAACAAUAACUAUCCCGCUCUCCUACCCAGUAAUCACGAGUUUACAAGGCUUGUAGUUACUUUUUUUCAUUUAAAGUAUUUUCAUGCUGGUGUGCAGAGUGUUCAGUUUCUUAUUACACAGCAAUUUUGGAUAUUGUCAUCUAAAGCCGUUAUUCGUCGUAUUCUUGGUAAAUGUGUUAGAUGUUUUAGAUGUAGGCCUCAGUCAAUUCAACCUCCUAUGGGUGAUUUGCCUGCAUCCCGCGUAUCACAGGUAAAACCUUUUCUUCAUACCGGCGUUGAUUAUGCUGGUCCAUUCAAUGUCAUGAUGUCUCGUUACCGCGGCUGUCGUACCAGUAAGGCCUAUUUAUGUUUGUUUGUUUGCUUUGCGACUAAAGCUUUGCAUUUAGAAUUGGUAUCCAGUCUAUCUACGGAAGCUUUCUUAGCUGCUUUGAGACGAUUUGUAGCUCGCCGAGGUCGCUGCCAACAUUUGUACAGCGAUUGUGGUAGCAACUUUAUUGGUGCAUCCAAGCAGUUAAAUAAUUUUAUGUUAAAAUCCGCCGCAUCUGAAGGUAUAACAUGGCAUUUUAACCCCCCCUCUGCGCCCCACUUUGGAGGAUUGUGGGAGGCCGGAGUGAAAUCUGUAAAAACUCAUUUAUCCAGAGUCAUUGGUAUGCAAUGUUUGACCUAUGAGGAGCUAAAUACUGUAUUGGUUCAGAUUGAAGCCUUUCUUAACUCGCGACCUCUUACACCCUUUAGUAAUGAUCCCAAUUAUAUGACCGCUCUAACCCCGAGUCAUUUCCUAACCCUGGAACCUCUGAGUGUUCCUCCUGAAUUGGAUGUCACCUCACUUCCCGUUCGUCAAUUGGAUCGUGGGCAAAUGCUUCAAAAAAUGCACCAAGAUUUUUGGCGUCGUUGGUCUGGUGAGUACUUGCAUACGUUGCACCAACGUGCUAAGUGGCAUAAAUCCAGUGGUAAUCUUUCACCAGGAACUUUAGUUUUAAUUCGCAAUGAUUUGGCCCCUCCUCUGCAUUGGUCAAUGGGCCGCAUAACUGAGGUACAUCCAGGUUUAGAUGGAAUAGUGAGAGUUGUUACUGUUCGCACUAGUAAUGGGACUUUAAAGCGACCUGUGGUGAAGCUCUGUCCUUUGCCACUUUCGGAGGACUGA